AUGUCUCUCCUUGACAUUCUUACUUGGGCCAUUUUAGGAAUUUUGGUCAUCAUGGCCCUUUUAGGAAAUGGAUUUAUCAUAGCUGUGAAUGGUCAUCAGUGGCUCCAGAACAAGAAGAUAGUCACUUGCAAUUUCUUGUUGACUAGUUUGAGCACCUCCAGAUUUCUGUUGCAGAUGGAUUGUGCAGUGAGCUAUCUUCUGUACCUCAUCUCUCCAGAGCUUUAUUUCCAUACUUCCACAAUAGCAGCUUUCAACUUUAUCUGGAUGUUGUUCAACCUGACCACCUUGUGGUGUGUGACAUGGCUCAGUGUUUUCUAUUGUGUGAAGGUUACUAAUUUUGACAACUGCCUGUUCCUCUGGCUGAAGCCAAGAAUCAACAUGCUUGCACCCAGACUGCUUGGGAUAUCAAUAGUAGUUUCUAUAGUAUUAUUUUUUCCUUCACUUGUCAGUUAUUUAAGAGACAAAAAAUGGUGCAGUCUGACAGAUACUAUUCCAACGAAUGCUAGUCAAAGUGAUGUUUGCAACAAACUCUUCAAUGCUUUUAAUGCUCCACAGUUUUCUUUUGCUUUCAUAAAUUUUAGCCUGACCCUGAGUACAUCCAUUUUUUUGCUCACCUCUCUCUGGAAACAUACAAGAAAUCUGGAAAAAAGUGGUGUUGCCACUAAGGAUCUUAGCACUCGGGGCCAUAUCAAAGUCAUGAAGUUUGUGUUGGUGUCUGUCUUCUUCUAUAUUUUAUAUUUUCCUUCUAUGGUGAUAGCUGUCAGUACUCUUUUUGAGUUUGGAAAAACCGAGCGAAUGAUUUCUGAUAUACUACUGUCUCUAUAUGCUUUGGUACACUCUGUAAUACUAAUAUUGACCAAUCCCAAACUGAAAGAAGUAGCUGGGUGGAUUCUAAUCAUCAGACAAUGA